UGAGCCACACAAUGGCAGUCAUAAAGUAACGGAGAAUGGUAGCGUUAUUCUGUUCCACUUCUCGCGAGAUGACCUGCGUGCAUUGUCGCAUUCCAGUUUGUGCUAUGAUAUAAAUAUACUGGGGAGCAUUCAGCACCUCAACAAGCCAACAAACUUCAACUUUAUCCAGGUACCCGGCUGUACGUCGGGGUCAACAGGAGAUAUUAUGGGACAACAUGGUAGAUUAAGGGCGGACAGUGAGUCCCGCAGUCGGAGAGCAAGGCCUCUUCUGGGGUCAGAUUUUGACUUGACAAAUGAGAGGAUCAGAUCCGGAAGUGAUAUCACACCUCUCCAAAAGCAGGCAUUUCUUAACAACAUGAACGCCAAAUCAGACAUGUUGCAGGUUACAGGAAUAAAACGGUUGAAAAGUGAAACUUUAUCGGAACCAGAAUCAGAUGAAACGGCAGUCGAUGUUAGCAAAAAGAAAGUACUCGAUCUGUCUCCUCUAAAGGACCUUCGGUUCGCUACCCUGGGCGUGGGUAUCGGCCUUCUUACAUUGUCAUUCCAGUCUUCGUUUGUGUUCCUUCCCCCGCUCGUGCUACAAAAGGGUUUGUCAGAGAGCCAGGGUGCUUUUCUAGUCUCUAUAACAGGUGCUAUGGAAACGUUUGGUAGCGUGUCGUCUGGUUUCCUGGUUGACCUUGACGUUGUGCGACCACACCGCCUUACAUUCUACAACGCUGCCAUGGUGUUGCUAGGUGUGCUUACGUUGGCGAUGCCCUUCCUUGAUUUCUUCGUCCUACUUGCGUUUGUUUGCGGCGUUUACGGCUGUGUGCUCGGUAUGUGUCUAGCACAGAAGGCUACGUUUGUCGUGGAUAUCACAGGAAUCGAUAAUCUUGUCAGCUCCUUCGGGAUUCUCGUCUGUUUUCAGGGUAUCGGUACCCUUAUAGGACCGCCACUAGCAG